ACACCGAAUCACGGACUGCAGAAAGUGAAGUGCGCUCUAUUCCCCACUAUCUCAACCCAGUUAGGCUAUCAGUGAGACUUUGCCGAGCCUGCUUCAUCCGUUGAGAGAUUCUCUCUCACCGAUCUGUUUAUCAGUUCACUCAUCAUGGAACAGUAGCCUAACUGUGCCUGUCAGGCUGUCAGGAGAUUCACUGUACGUCGCUACGUCAAAUCUGGUACCUACUGUCUUUGAUGUCCGGAUUACCCACACAAUUGUCAACCGCAGUUACCUCCACUUUGAACUGCCACUUUGGAAAGCAACAUGCGACCUGUCAUUGCGCACAAAGGCACGUUGCGGAACGGCGGAGUUGAGAAUCACUUCUAUUAACUUUUUGGAAGGAUUUACUGGUCUUUAUUUUCUUCGAAGGGAAGGAUUUUGAACAUUUGCUAGUCAAAUGGAAUGCCAUCUACCAGCUUGCUUUUUGGGUAUUUUGCGUAAAAUGAAACUGUGAAAUGCGAACAUUUUGAUGAUCACACGAUUUGGAGUUUUUAAUUUAUUAACCCAAAAUUGUCAAUAAAUGCUACUCUAGGGCUGUCAUCGAGGGAGAAGAUCACAGAUCCAAGCAACAAUAUGUUUUUGUUUUUUACGUGUGUGUUGUCAACUUUUGUUGCCUGUCAAACAUCGCCAUCUCGGAGCGUCUUUACCAAUCACUGGGCAGUGCGGAUAACAGGAGGCUCUGCGGAGGCAGAUAAACUUGCCUCAAAAUACGGUUACAGGAAUUUGGGGCAGAUCGGAGGCCUGGAAAAUCAUUAUCACUUCCACCACAGUAAAGUAGUGCGGAGAUCAGCGUUCAUCACCAAGGGAUCUCACAGUUUCAUCCACAUGGACCCGAAGGUUGAAUGGGCUGAGCAGCAGGUGGUCAAGUCACGAGUGAAGCGAUACGCCAGGAAUGACCCCAACUUUAUCCACUUCAACGACCCCAAAUGGUCCAACAUGUGGUACAUUCACUGUACUGACAAGAACAGCCGCUGUCGCUCGGACAUGAACAUCCUCGCGGCCUGGCAGAGGGGCUACACGGGCAAAAAUGUGGUGGUCACCAUCCUGGACGACGGCAUCGAGAGGAACCAUCCAGACUUGGCGCAAAACUAUGACCAACUUGCAAGCUAUGAUGUCAAUGGAAACGACCACGACCCCACUCCUCGCUAUGACACCACUAAUGAAAACAAACAUGGGACACGCUGUGCUGGCGAGGUGGCAGCUGUAGCCAAUAACUCCCACUGCAUCGUUGGCAUCGCCUACAAUGCACGCAUAGGAGGCAUCCGCAUGCUGGACGGCGAUGUAACAGAUGUUGUGGAGGCGAAGUCUCUUGGCAUCCGGCCCGAUUACAUUGACAUUUACAGUGCCAGCUGGGGCCCAGACGAUGACGGCAAGACGGUGGACGGCCCGGGCCCGCUGGCCAAGCAGGCCUUUGAAGUGGGCAUUAAAAAGGGCCGCAAAGGCCUGGGUUCCAUCUUCGUGUGGGCGUCGGGUAACGGCGGCAGGCAGGGCGACCACUGCUCGUGUGACGGCUACACCAACAGCAUCUACACCAUCUCGGUCAGCAGCACCACGGAGAACGGCAACAAGCCCUGGUACCUGGAGGUGUGCUCCUCCACCCUCGCCACCACCUACAGCAGCGGCGAGUUCUACGACCGCAAAAUAGUGACCACAGAUCUUCGGCAGCGCUGUACGGACGGGCACACUGGCACCUCUGUGUCAGCUCCCAUGGUGGCCGGGGUCAUCGCUCUCACACUGGAGGCCAAUCCUCUUAUAAGCUGGCGGGACGUGCAACAUCUUCUGGUGAGGACCUCUAGAUCAGUCCACCUGAAGGCCAAAGAUUGGAAAACUAACGCCGCCGGACAUAAAGUCAGCCACCUGUACGGCUUCGGGCUGGUGGACGCAGAUGCUAUGGUGGUGGAGGCCAAGAAGUGGAGGAGUGUGUCCCCCCAGCACACAUGCACCAACACCUCUGACCGCAGGACCAGAUACAUCCGUACUGACCAGCCACUGAACGCCACCCUGAGCAGCACGGGCUGCAGUGGGGGGCCGGGUGAGCAGCACGUGGCCUAUGUGGAGCAUGUGGUGGUGCGGGCGCUCAUCGUCCACCCCCGCCGAGGCGACCUGGAGAUCAGCCUCAUCUCCCCCUCGGGCACGCGCUCCAAGCUGCUGGCCAAGAGGCUGUUUGAUAACUCCAACGAGGGCUUCAGGAACUGGGAGUUCAUGACGGUGCACUGCUGGGGGGAGAGGGCCGAGGGCACGUGGACCCUGGAGAUAUCCGACUCACCCUCACAGCUACGCAGCCCAGGGGUCAUGGGUAAACUAAAAGAGUGGACCCUCGUCCUCUACGGCACGGCUGACAAUCCCUACCAGUACAACGGCUCCCACCACUCGCGCUCUCGCAUGCUGGAGAUCCCGAGCUCUGACAAAGACCUGAAAAGCCCCGAACCCUCCACAGCAGUCCCACAGCAGGGGGAGGAGGAAGAGGAGGAGGAGUACAAUGGGCCAUGCCAUAAUGAGUGUGGAGACCAGGGUUGUGACGGGCCAGAUGCGGAUCACUGCCUCAACUGCAUCCACUUCAGCCUGGGCAGCCUGAAGGCAGGAAGGACGUGUGUGAGCCACUGUCCCCUAGGCUACUACGAGGACAGCAAGGUGCGGAGGUGCCAGCGCUGCCGAUGGGGGUGUGAGACAUGUACGGGUCACCGGCCUAACGACUGCACUACCUGCCAGCGAGGCCUCUUCCUCCACGCCGCCCACAACACCUGCGACAAGACCUGCGUCAACGGUUACUACACUGAUGAGAGCCAGAGGCAGUGUCUGAAAUGCCAUGAGAACUGUAUGACGUGCCUGCACGACGCAGAUAGGUGCACUGCCUGCAGCGGCGGUUUCAGUUUGGCAGGGAUGACCUGCGUUCCAGAAUGUGCCAACGGAACAUUCUUUCACCUGGAGGAAAUGAAGUGCAGCCCUUGCCACCCCUCCUGUUUCACCUGCACCGGUCCAGGGAGCGAGGAGUGCAUCCGGUGUGCCCCAGACUAUCUCCACCAGGGCUGGAUCUGCGUUCCGGAAUGUAGUCCUGGUUACUACGUGGGAAAACUCGACGGGUUCAAACACAAGAUUUGUCGCAAGUGUGGGGAGAACUGUGUGAGCUGCGAGGGCCCGGGGCUGACGUGCACCAAGUGCAAAGACGGCUACAACCUCAUCGGCAGGACCUGCCUCAUCAACGCCACCUGCAACAACGCUGACGAGGUGUUCUGUGAGAUGGUGAAGUCCAAUCGCCUGUGUGAGAAGAAGCUGUUCCGCCAGUUCUGCUGCAGGACCUGUCUGAUGGCAGGAUGAGAGAGAGAGAGAGAGAGAGAGAGAGAGAGAGAGAGAGAGAGAGAGAGAGAGAGAGACAGAGAGACAGAGAGAGAGAGAGAGAGAGAGAGAGAGAGAGAGAGAGAGAGAGAGAGAGAGAGAGAGAGAGAGAGAGAGAGAUACCUAACUCACAAAUCUUCAGUAUGAUCCAACGUAGUCAUGUCUGCAUUUUUAUUGGAAAUAAUCUUCAUUUUAAUUAAUCCUAUCGAGGGACAUAUAUAUUUUUAAGAUCUGUUUUCUAAACAAACAAACCUACAGUAUGCAACAUGUACAAACUGUUCAUAUUUUAUUCAAAGGCUGUGUCAUUGUUUGGAACUCAAAGGUCUGUACAACUGUAAAUUGAAGUAAAUAUCAGAGGCACUCUCAUCAGAAUUAUGUUUUCAGUACGAUGCAGUUUUCAAUUCAGAACAUGAAAUGAUUUUUACUGUAAACAUAACCAUCCAAAAUGCUUUUGGCCAUUCAGUUUUGUGUUUUUUGGUAAAAAUGCUAGUACAUGAUGUGUUGAAGUGUGCCAUUAAAAGCAGUUGUACAUUUUAGGAUAUGUAGGAUGUAUUUGAUGUCACAACUGUUGCCCAAAAUGUUAUGAUGGCAAAAUAAAUCCAAAAGUGAUAAAAGUAAA